UCGUCCUCAUUCCCCUUUACACCGAACCGGUUCCUCCAUGGUUCCUCCAGGUAACUACCCUAAACUCCAGGUUGUCGCGGAUUGAUCAUCACAGGUGUUGAUUAGAGAUGAUAAUAAUAUUGUAGUAGCAUCUCUUCUCUACAUCAUUUUUAUUCAUGAGUUGACGCCUGGCUUGAAAAUUCUACAUUUUGCAGACAUUUCAAGUCUUUUAUAAACACCAAGUGAUUUGGUAGAUUCAUUUGGAUAUCAACCAAUUCGAUGAUAUUCCGUUCAGAUUGAAUUCGUAGCCAUUUAUACCGAAUCGAGAACAUUUAUAACAUGACUGAAACCGUGUCUAAUGUGUACGACCUGACCUAUCCCAGCCCUAUCAACCUGGAGAAAAUCUCAUCUAUGGUAGUUGCAGUGGAAUUAUGGCGUAAAGAAAUCUACACUCACCUCGAAAGUAAGCGUGUACUAGAAUUAGAUUUGAAGAAGCACAACAUUCCGGUGAGAACUGUUCUGCCCAAGUUGUCAUCGACGAUUUACAGUGUAUUGGAAGAAUAUGUCGACACGUUCGGAAAGUCAAUCGCCCGAUGGCUGGAAUACUGCCUUAUUGGUAAUGUAUUCAAUGAUCGUGAUUCGACGAAUAUUUUAAGCUGGUUCCAUGAUUUUGCAUUGGACUGGGAUGGCACCAUUCACGAAGUGCGCACAGCCAGACGAAUGAUGUUGUGCGAUCGACUCACCGAAGAUGAGAAAUUCAAGCUCGCUUGUUUGUACUGCCUCGAAGAUGAUAUUAAACGAAUUUGGCCAUCUGUUAGCGAGACGAAGGAUUUAAAUGAAAUUGAUUUCAAUACUUUUCCGCAACAUUACUACUGGAUCUGCUACCUUAGAAACGAAUUUCGCACGAUUCCUAAUCCUCCAUUUGGGUAUAUAUUUUGUCCUGAUGAUCCUAUUGAUGAGUUUAUGCUUUCUAGUUUAACUGGGCCAGGAUGUAGAUCGGAGAACGAUUCAUCUGUCAUGUAUUUUUGGAAUCGAUUACCAUUUGAUAAGCAGACACCAAGACUUAAUUGCUCACCAAUAUCAAUGCAUGUGGAGGUAAUCGCCAGGUAUAUUUUACAAAAACUAAACAAAGAUCAACUCGACAUUUUCGUGGCCGAAAGAGGUUAUAAUUUUAUGCGGGAUCUGUUGAUUUCUAAGUCAAGGCUAGUUCAUGUUCUUCCAAGUUGGAUGCGUAUUCGGAGCAGUAUCAAUGAGAGAAAUUUUUCGCAUCUUAUUAAUGAAAUGCUAAGACAGGAGAAUACGUACUGCGCACGUCUUGAAUAUAGAAUUGUGGCGAAUUUGUUCAGCGAGAUAUGGAACAGUGUUGCGCAGGAUUUCAAACGAUCAGUGUUAAAUUUUGUACUAUAUGAUGAUGAAUUAUUCAAAUUCAAGGUGUUGUAUCUACCAUACACCAGUGGGAUGAAAUUUUUGAUCACAGUAUUGCAAGAUGCUACUUUCGAAGAGAGAAACGCGUUUUGGCAUAAAAAUUGGCCUAAGUUGAUCUAUAGCGCACCUGUCGAAGAUUUGAUCGUUAUAAUGAAAUUUUCUUUUCGAAAUGAAAAUGAGAUUACGUCAUUUAAAGAAAACAUGAUGUCGAUGUAUGAAAAAAUCACCGAACGGUGCGGCUGGAUGCUAAAGUAUGGUUACUUCGAAGCAUUGAAUAACUAUUUGUCUUUUUGCUGCCUCGAUGAGCUAAAAAGAAAGGAGUGGAAAGUGCGAUUAUUAAGGUCGAAUUAUGUGGGAGAAAAUUCUGUAAUCACACUCCAAGUAAUCGUAAAGAAUAAAUUGCUGAAUGAGUUCAUCGACGAUGCUUUUCAAGGUGCCGCUGAUCACUGCAUUGAAUUCAGAAACCAAUUAACAUCAUCACCUGUAACCCAAAACUGUUUACUCCAGUGUAUUCGUGAAGGGUGGUGCUUCAUUCACCUGAUCGAAUUCGUCGACACUUUUUUCACAGAUGAACAAGUCCUCGUGUCUAUGAAAAAACGCUUUUUCGAAUAUUUCAAAGAGCAGCUCGUUGUUGCUGGUAGUAUUCAGCGCAUAGAUAGUGACGAUUUGCAAGUAUUUCUUGUUUGGUUGUUGGGCAGUGAAGACGAAGUUAUCAGAUACAAGCGAUCGAUUUCAAUUGAGGAACUUUAUCGUAGUAUUAUGCAAGUUCAGCUAGUUGAGUUGAAAAGACUAGUACGAUCUCAUUACAACGUGUUUGCUCGUUGUAUACCGAGAUUUCCUGUGAAGGUGGAUCAUUUUUUAAUAUGGUAUUUCAACAAGGAUGAAGACGAAAUUGAGAAGUUAACAGAGCGGUUUCAUGAUGAAUUCAAGGCGUUCGCUCGUAGAAUACGUAGAACAGUGCCGGCACUUGUUCAAUUGCCCACCCGGUGCAAACUCUAAAUGUUCAUAAUUUGGUGAAAAGUGUGAAUCACUUUUUGUUGGGCGGGGGAGGAGGGGGGAGGGGGGUAAACAAAAAGCACAAAAAUCUUGGAUUAGCUUGAGCUGAAAAAAAUCGAUUGAUCCGUUAAUUUUUAAUGAAUUUUCGAAAGAUCUGAAAAUGAUCAAGUUUUUGGAAACAUAUUCCAUACCUACAUACAUAUUCUGGAUCAUUAAUCAAUUGUUUUUUUGUUUUGUUUUUUUUAUGAAGUUUUUUCCGCGUUGGAAUUAUUUAAUACAAAAUAUACCUAGUUUGUUUCAAACUCCCCAUCUUCCAAAAUUGGUUUUUGAGAUCGGCCCAAUUUUUUCACAACUUUCUCAAGUAUGCAUGAGGCACGUUUCAAAAAUAUGAAAAAUUACAUAAUAGAUUAGAUUUCAUUCAAAAGGGUUUUCCAAGGUCGAAAAAAUCCAGGGACACUUUUCAACAAGAAUUGAAUGAUUUUUAAAAGAAGAGACUGAUGAAAACUGGAACUCCGAAAAAAUAUUGCGUGAUCUAUAUUAGCUUCUCUCGCCAUCACUUCAAAAGCGCCAAAAUGUUUAAAAUUUUAUUAUUUUUAAGAAAAAACAAAUUUUUGAAAACACAGGGGCAUUUAACUACGUAAUCAAAAAAGUAUAAUUCGAAUCAUCAUAUCAGUUUUGGGCCUUUUUUUGGUGGGGGAGGUCAGCUAUGCAAUCUAUGCAACAGAAAUGAAACUUCCAUUUUUUUUAACAAUUUAAAUAAUUUCAAUUUGAGGGGUGAAUUUUGAUUUGUUUUGAAAUUUUUAUGCAAAAAACAGGGUUAUUUUUGAAAAUGUUUUGCUAUUUUUUUUUUUUUAAUUGAAAUAUUUUUUAAACUUGAGAGAUUUUGAUUUGUUUUGAUACAAAAAAAUAGGGUUAUUUUUUGAAAUUCUAACGCACUUAGGACUUGGUUGAAAUGAGUAAAAUGUCCGUCGUGUUUGAGUUGUUUUAUCAAAAAAAAAAAAAAAAAUGUUUCUCAUUUUGAAAUAUGUAGGUAAACAUAUUUCGCAUUUGAAGCCUCCAAAAAUCCGAAAAAUAAAAUAAACAAUUUCAUAAGACAUAUGAAUUUUGUACCCAUAUCAAUUAGCAAAAUUGAUAUUUUUCUUUCACAGCAGUCGACAAAUUUUUCUUUGACACAGCCCUCUUUCCACCUCUCAAAAACCUCAUCAAUAGGUACAUAUACUUAUUUUCUGCUUUAAAAAGGUGACCUAACAUGACAUUUGCCCCGGGUCCGCAUCAGCUCUUGACUGCCCCGCUUGUCAAAUUGAUAUCGUUUACUUUUUUUGUGUUUUUAUUCUUAGCCUACUAAGUACAUUUUGUGAUAGAUACUUAUUGUAAUUAUUGUGCUUAGGUACCUAUUUAUUGUCAAGUAGUGUGUAAUAACCGAUUGUAUCAUUUUAAUUUUUAAUACUCGUACUAAACGUAUUCAAUAAAAUUUUACUUGCGAACUUACU